UAUAAACACAAUAUCCAUGAGCCUCAACUCAAUCCCAAGAUACUGCGGAUUAACCAAUUGCGCUAUAUAUCUGCGGUAUCACCAAUGACUAGGUGCUUACGGCGCAUUUGCGGGGUAUGCAGGCGCCUCAGCUAAGAGAAUCCUCUACACGUAAUCCUUCAAUCAUUGGAUCUUCCACAAACAACCUUCAAGCCUCAUAGAGUGCUUUGGUUUCGCGAUAACUUUCGCUCGACACAGCCUGAGACUAGGCGAUAACCGCGGAACAUGUCCUUAUACGCCAAGAUCAAAGUUAAAGUAGGUCGUAUGUUCGAUAAGGUCGACGACAGCCCCCUUCAUGAGAAAUUCAGCGAUCCGACGUUGGAAAUCCGACUGCUCGAGGUCGAGGAUGACACUGCGGCUGACAUUCGGUGGAAGAUGAAAAUCGCGCUUCUCGAAGAUAACCCACGAUUUACAGCUCUCUCAUAUGUCUGGGGCGACCCAGCCAAGACGGAACGCAUCACCGUGAAUGGCCAGAAGGUCGAGGUGACGGCAAACCUAGCAUCCGCAUUACGCCAUGUCCGCCAGCAUUGGGAACAGGAGGUUGGUCGUCAUUCGCAGGGCAAAUUCCGCCUAUGGGCAGACGCUCUGUGUAUUAACCAGAGUGACGUUCAUGAAAAGAACCACCAAGUCCCGCUGAUGAGAUCCAUAUACUCUUCCGCCGAGCUUGUUAUAUGUUGGCUCGGCCCGGCCGACUCUAAAAUUCGUCUAGCUUUCGAGAUGAUCCGUCUACUUCAUAACGAGUGGACACGCUCAAGUACUGAUGAGCUCCUAACCUUCGACUGGAUUCGUCGUCACCCCUCGCUACACACAACACCUGAAAAUGAGUACCCCAUGAAUCAUCGGUGGGAGGCUGUGCAAUACUUAGCUCAACUGAAUUACUGGAGACGCACCUGGAUUCUCCAAGAAGUCGUCCUCGGCAAGAGGACUAUCAUAGCUUCUGGCAAGCGAGCAACCGAAUGGUCUUUGAUACGAGAUGUCGUGAGAACGGCCAGCAUGCUGAGUGGCAAGAUAACGAAUAACGGUAUUGACUGGCCGACAUGGAUAUGUCCGGAAGUCUGGAAAGCGAUCAAGAACGUGCCCGUGAGCUGGGCUGCCAUACUGUUCUUCUCUAUAGUUAGUAGAGAUCAAACGGGCCAACCAAAUAUAGAGCUCACCAAAUCAGAUUGGCUGCGUGCUGUCGUAGCGGGAAGAAUAUUGCAAGCGACUAAUCCGAAAGACCAUGUGUACGGGCUAAUGGGUAUCUUCCCAAUCCGCCUGGUUCCCGAUUACAGCAAUUCCACGCCGGUUUCUACGAUAUAUCGAGACUAUAUUGGUGUCUGGCUGAGGAAUUGGGAGAUGGGGCUCUGCGGAGACUUAGAGGAACUUUACUUCCUCUUGUAUUCAGGUGUUUAUCUGGAAAGUUCAGAAUUGAAGCUCCCUUCUUGGGCUCCAAACUUCCCAGUUCUAUCUAAGCACCGGCAGGCGGUCUACGACGGUAAGCGUCAGUUUGGCGAAUUUAUCACCGAUGGUCACGCGGACCGAUCCGUGUUUCCGCCGGACACUGAGGGUUCCUCGAUCGUUGACAUGUCUCUAUUUGUGAGUGGCAUAGACUUAGGUCCAGUUGUCAGUUUUGAAAACUACGGCAACGAGAUGAGUCGAGUUUCUACCGCUACAACCAAGUACCUGAGACAAUUUAUCUCGGAGGAGCCAACAUAUCCUAACGGAUCACCCUCGCUUCAAAUGGUGUUCCGACUGUUCUGCCGGAAAUCGUACGGGAUGGGCAGACCACUUGAUGCGAGGGGGCUUGUGAAGGCGCUUGGAUUCGUGGAAACACUACUUGGCCUCGACCCCGACGAGCCAGCGCUGAGAAACGAACUACGUAAGAGAAACCUAGGAGGUUUUGGCUUGAUAGCAGAUGAUGCGGUGGCGUUUGCUACUUCCUUCAUGGACGCAUUUGCGCCUCACGACCCAUCAGUCGAACGCCUCGAAAUUCUGGAUAUUCUACACCGAUGGCACAAUUCUAGCGGCGGCAUUAGCAGUUCGGAGAUGGGAUACGAUGACGACCACUUAGCCAUACUCAUCAGCUCUUGUUUAUAUUAUCUCCAAGAGGCAAACCAAGGCGCUCAUCAUGUUAUAUUCAAGAUGGGACGGUAUAUCGGUAUCUCAGCGCGCGGAAUCCAAGUUGGAGAUCGCGUAUGUGUCUUGAAGGAAAGCAAUACGUUAUCGGUUCUAAGGAUGACGCCGGGUAAUGAGAAAUACUAUAUCCAUGUAGCUCCUUGCUUUAUUGUCGGUCUCAUGAACGGCGAAGCUAAAAGGUUUCUAGAAAGCGGUCACUGUAAAGUUCAAAGGAUUGAAAUUCGAUAAUGAACAUUCCCAGAUGGUACCUAGGUGCCAGCCUACAUU